UCGUGUUUCGUUGGAGUGAGGUGUGUGUUUGUUUUAGCUGUCAUUGUGGAAUUUUAUUGUUGUUCUUUAUUUGUUGCAAAUGUCAAUAUUUUAUAUUUACCAUUCUGUAAAGUGAUUUAUUAAUUAUGUCAUAAAUAAUAUUUUUAUUAAUAUAUCCACAAACCUGCCAUUGCAAAAUUUUUAUUAAAAAUUGUUUCCGAAUCUCACAAACUUUGUUGUUAAUGAAUUAAGAUAACAUUAAAUCCGGCAAAACUUUAGAAUUUCAAGGCUGGAAAUAAUUAAUUUAAUUUAUGUUCGAACAUACAUGAAGAAUUUCGACUUGUUUACCUGCGAGAGUUUAUUGUUAGUUCUUCCACCUUCCAAACCUUCACCUGUUGCAAUUUUAAACCUGAGUUGUAAAAUAUAUACAUAGUUUUAUAUGACUUGUGUCUAAUGAACUAGAAAGUUAAAAGUGAUGGUUUUUUCAUUGAGAUUUGUUGUGAAGAAAACAUUAUAACAUUAAUUAUUGUGCUAGUUAAAAUGAUAUUGUGCUACAUUAGCUAGAAUGCUGAAUAUUAAUCCAUAAAGGACUUACUCAAGCUUGUGUAAGGUUUUAUGUGCCUUACGACCUAAAAGCAAUGUCCGAGUUGAAGCCUAUCAAGAUGAAGCCAGGCAAUGAUACAACUUUCGAGACAGAUUAUCAGUACUUAGGCUAUACUGAUGAAAUGACGGAGUCAGAUGAACAUGGUCUUCUUGGGAGAGUCAUGGACCUCGAAAGGAAGGUUUUGUCUCAAGAAGAUGAGCUGGUGUGUCUUCGGAGCACCUUGGCUGAUAUGUUGAGGCGCCUGAAUCGCAUCGACAACUUUCGCAGCACAGCCGAAGCCAAUGGAACUACCGGCGCAAGAAAUGUUGGCACUAACAUACAUUCAUUGUCUGCUCGAAAUUCUUUAGGUUCAGCUCCACCAAGAACUCCAAAUAUUUACCAACUCCGUCCACAGAGGUCACCUAGUGCUUCCAGAACACUGGAAUAUCAUAACAGCACUAAUAACCACAACGAACAUUCUAAAAUCAGUGUCAAUUCCAAUUCUGAUAGCAAUCUUAUGAACAGACGUUCCGUCCAUUAUCACCAGUCUACUACCUCUCUGCACUCAGAUAGUCCCAGCAGUAGUUCUGCAUCACCAGCUCCGAGUCCAUCACCAGGAAGUGGUGUCUCGGUUCAACCGCCCUCUCUCAGAGCACCACCUCCAAGGGUUCCAAGGCGUACCACAGCCUCUUUAGGAAAACGGUGGAGCUCUACAGGAGAUUUUGGAGCCGCUGGCGGCAAUUCUUCCAUAUCGAGAUUCAACACAAAGUCUUUAUUGAAUUUAUAUGGUAAACCCACACAAAAUGGAACGCCAUCCAGAAGUUGCUCUCGCGAAGCAUCCUACAAUGAAGAAGAUGGAACCGUUAGAUUUUUCCUCAGGAGUCGCCCAAUAUCUGUCCAGUGUCCAACAGAUCAACAAGAAAGCUAUGAUAUUUCUCAAGUUAAGGCGGCCCCUUCGAAGAAACUCAAGCUAGAUUGGGUUUAUGGAUACAGAGGCCGUGAUUGCCGGUCGAAUCUUUAUUUACUGCCCACUGGUGAAAUGGUGUAUUUUGUAGCUGCAACAGUGGUGUUGUUUGAUGUUGAUGAGCAAAGCCAGCGUCAUUAUCUCGGACAUACUGAUGAUAUUAAGAGUUUGGCUGUGCAUCCCAAUAAGUUGUUAGUUGCAACAGGUCAAUGUGCUGGUCACAAUAAAGAAAAUGCACAGGCUCAUAUUCGCGUUUGGAAUUCCGUUUCCUUAGCCACAAUGGCAGUCAUAGGAUCAGGUGAAAUUGUGGGUUCCGUAGUUUGUUUAUCCUUCAGCCGAGCUGAUGGUGGUGCGAUGUUGUGUUCCGUUGACGAUUCGCCAGAUCAUGCCAUUGCCGUUUGGGAAUGGCAGAAGGGCGAGAAUGGACAGAAAAUUACACAAACAAAAUGCUCUGUAGACACAGUGGUUUCUGCUGAAUUCCAUCCACUAGAUCUGAACCGAAUCAUUACAUGUGGUAAAAAUCACAUUGCAUUUUGGACACUGGACAAUGGAUGCACAUUGUAUAAAAAGAUGGGUGUGUUUGAAAACCGUGAAAAGCCUAAAUAUGUUACAAGUGUAGCAUUCAACCAAGCUGGUGACGUCAUCACAGGUGAUUCUAAUGGAAAUAUUAUUGUUUGGGGAAGAGGAACAAAUACAAUUAGCCACAUGAUUAGGAAAGUUCACGAGGGUUCAAUAUUUUCAAUUUGCGCUUUGAAAGACGGCGGUUUAGUUACUGGAGGUGGAAAAGAUGGACGACUGGUCACAUUUGAUGAUGAUCUGAAUCAAGUUUCAGAAGAACAAGUUGAAGGGCACUUUGGCGGUGUCCGUGUAGUAUCAGAAGGCCGUGGAACUCAACUUCUGAUUGGCACAACUAGAAAUUGUAUUCUAACAGGCCCAGCUGGUGCCUUCCAACCAGCAGUUAUGGGACACACGGAUGAGCUUUGGGCUUUGGCAACCCAUCCUACUUUGACGCAAUUUGUGACCGCCGGACAAGACUGUCUACUGCAGAUGUGGGAUUCAUUAUCACAUUCCGUUGUUUGGAGCAAAGAUAUCGGGGAAAAAUGCCAAAGCUGCACUUUCUCUCCGGAUGGUAGUGUAAUCGUCUGCGGUACGUUGACCGGUGAAUGGCACGUAUAUGACUCGGUCAGCCGCGAUCUGAUCACAAAACACCAUGAUGGACAAGAACCAAUACAAUGUGUUGCAUUCUCACCUGAUGGUACCAUGUUGGCUCUUGGAUCACGGGAUAACUAUGUAUAUGUUUACCAAGUCAGUGAGGAAUGUAGGAAAUAUUCAAGAGUAGGACGUUGUGCGGGUCACUCAAGUUUUGUAACCCAUUUAGACUGGUCAGCAGAUGGGCAGUAUAUUCGUAGUAACUCAGGAGAUUAUGAAAUUUUAUAUUGGAAUCCUAGUGUUUGUCGUCAAGUUACAAGCUCUAGCAAUUUGCGUGAUGUACAAUGGGCUACUCACAAUUGUGUUUUAGCUUUUAACUCUAUCGGCAUUUGGCCUGAAGGGGCAGAUGGUACAGAUAUUAACUCCUGUGCUCGUAGCAAUGAUGAAGAACUACUUGCCACAGCUGAUGACUUCGGAAAAGUAAACCUGUACUCAUAUCCUGCUUCUCAACUUAAGUCUCUUUGCCAUUCCUAUGGGGGCCAUAGCAGCCAUGUUACCUCAGUCCGUUUCUUAUUUGAUGACUCCAGACUAAUUUCUUUGGGAGGAAAUGACACCAGUGUUCUACAAUGGUCAAUUGAAUAAAGUAUUUUUG